ACGGUGUCACGUGACCCGCGGUUACGCACAAGGGCCGGGCCGGAGGGCUGUUUGAAUGCCCGGCGCGCACCCUGCGACCCGCAGUUCCGUCAGCCACCGGGGAUGUCGGCGUUACGGCCGCUGGACAAGCUGCCUGGCCUGAACACGGCCACCAUCUUGCUGGUGGGCACGGAGGAUGCUCUUCUGCAGCAACUGGCCGAUUCGAUGCUCAAGGUGGACUGCACCUCGGAGCUGAAGGUCCACUUAGCAAGGUCCCUCCCUCUGCCGUGCAGCGUGAAUCGGCCCCGAAUUGACUUGAUUGUGUUCGUGGUCAACCUGCACAGCAAACUCAGCCUGCAGAGCGUGGAGGAGUCCCUGUGCCACCUGGACGCGGCCUUCUUCCUGGGGAAGGUGGCCUUCCUCGCCACGGGGGCUGGGCGGGACAGCCACUGCAGCAUCCACCGGAACACCGUGGUGAAGCUGGCCCACACCUACCGGAGCCCCCUGCUCUUCUGUGACCUAGAGCUCCCCUCUGGCCACCGCCUCACCGGGGUCCUGUCUCCUCCUCUGCAGAUAGAAGACUUCCGUGCCGCCAUGGCGCAGCGCCUGGUCCGCCUGCUGCAGAUCUGCGCGGGCCACGUGCCUGGCGUCUCGGCCCUGAACCUGCUGUCCCUGAUGAGGGGCUCCGAGAACCCCUCCCUGGAGGACCUGUGAGGCCCCCAGCCCCUGGCCACCCUCCCCUGCGGCUGGGUGCCCAGGCCGACAGUCACUGUUGCUGGAGACUGUGCCAAGGCUUGGCAGGCCUGGGUCAGCGGGCAGUUCCCUCACGGCCCAAAGUCCUCGUGUUCCAACAGGAAGUGCCGGGGGGGGCGGCAGGAACAGUCCAGCUGGUCGGAUUCUGGCCCCCCACCCCUCUCAUGCCCACCCCAGCAGAGCCCCAAGUCUUCAUCCAUCUGACGUCUUUCCUCUCAAGACUUCGUUUGAACAAAGGGUCCAUGGCUAAAAGUUUGAACAUCACUGAACUCAUCCACCACUUUGAUUUUGUAGAUGAGGAAACUGACUCCAAACAGUUAAGAGUCAGAGUGGGUAAGGACUUCCCUGGUGGUCCCGUGGCUAAGACUCUGCGCUCCCAAUGCCGAGGGCCUGGAUUCAACCCCUGGUCAGGGGGCUAUAUCCCACAUGUCACAACUAAAGAUCCUUCAUGCCUCAACUAAGACCCGGUGCAGCCAAAUAAAUAAAUAUUUUAAAAAGAGUUGGGCAGUGGGAGCUUGAACUCUAUGAGCCUAGUCUGACUGCACAUCCUGGCCUUGCCAUUCUUACGGGACCUGCGGAGCCUCAGUUUCUCCAGGUGUUAGAUGGAGAUUGUUCAGCUUACCCUGCUGGCGUCAUGAGGGUUGAGGGACAUGGUGGUAAAGGUGAAGUGCCUGAGGUGUAUUGUAUUACUCCUGCGCUUGUUUGUGCUCCACGUAUUUCAUAAUAAAAGUGUGAAUGCUU